AGCAGCCGGUGAUGGCGGCGGCGGCGGCAGUGGCUGCGGCGGGUCCGGGCCCAUGAGGCGACGACGGAGGCGGGACGGCUUUUACCCAGCGCCAGACUUCCGAGACAGGGAAGCUGAGGACAUGGCAGGAGUGUUUGACAUAGACCUGGACCAGCCAGAGGACGCGGGCUCUGAGGAUGAGCUGGAGGAGGGGGGUCAGUUAAAUGAAAGCAUGGACCAUGGGGGAGUUGGACCAUAUGAACUUGGCAUGGAACAUUGUGAGAAAUUUGAAAUCUCAGAAACUAGUGUGAACAGAGGGCCAGAAAAAAUCAGACCAGAGUGUUUUGAGCUACUUCGGGUACUUGGUAAAGGGGGCUAUGGAAAGGUUUUUCAAGUACGAAAAGUAACAGGAGCAAAUACUGGGAAAAUAUUUGCCAUGAAGGUGCUUAAAAAGGCAAUGAUAGUAAGAAAUGCUAAAGAUACAGCUCAUACAAAAGCAGAACGGAAUAUUCUGGAGGAAGUAAAGCAUCCCUUCAUUGUGGAUUUAAUUUAUGCCUUUCAGACCGGUGGAAAACUCUACCUCAUCCUUGAGUAUCUCAGUGGAGGAGAACUAUUUAUGCAGUUAGAAAGAGAGGGAAUAUUUAUGGAAGACACAGCCUGCUUUUACUUGGCAGAAAUCUCCAUGGCUUUGGGGCAUUUACAUCAAAAGGGGAUCAUCUACAGAGACCUGAAGCCGGAGAAUAUCAUGCUUAAUCACCAAGGUCAUGUGAAACUAACAGACUUUGGACUAUGCAAAGAAUCUAUUCAUGAUGGAACAGUCACACACACAUUUUGCGGAACAAUAGAAUACAUGGCCCCUGAAAUCUUGAUGAGAAGUGGCCACAAUCGUGCUGUGGAUUGGUGGAGUUUGGGAGCAUUAAUGUAUGACAUGCUGACUGGAGCACCCCCUUUCACUGGAGAGAAUAGAAAGAAAACAAUUGACAAAAUCCUCAAAUGUAAACUCAAUCUGCCUCCCUACCUCACACAAGAAGCCAGAGAUCUGCUUAAAAAGCUGCUGAAAAGAAAUGCUGCUUCUCGUCUUGGAGCUGGUCCUGGGGAUGCUGGAGAAGUUCAGGCUCAUCCAUUCUUCAGACACAUUAACUGGGAAGAACUUCUGGCUCGGAAGGUAGAGCCUCCCUUUAAACCUCUGUUGCAAUCUGAAGAGGAUGUGAGUCAGUUUGAUUCAAAGUUUACACGUCAGACACCUGUUGACAGCCCAGAUGACUCAACUCUCAGUGAAAGUGCCAACCAGGUCUUUCUGGGUUUUACAUAUGUGGCUCCAUCUGUACUUGAAAGUGUGAAAGAAAAGUUUUCCUUUGAACCAAAAAUCCGAUCACCUCGAAGAUUUAUUGGCAGCCCACGGACACCUGUCAGCCCGGUCAAAUUUUCUCCUGGGGAUUUCUGGGGAAGAGGUUCAUCAGCCAGCACGGCAAAUCCUCAGACACCUGUGGAAUACCCAAUGGAAACAAGUGGAAUAGAGCAGAUGGAUGUGACGAUGAGUGGGGAAGCAUCAGCACCACUUCCAAUACGACAGCCGAACUCCGGGCCAUAUAAAAAACAAGCUUUUCCCAUGAUCUCCAAACGGCCAGAGCACCUGCGUAUGAAUCUAUGACAGAGCAAUGCUUAAAUGAAUUUAAGGCAAAAAAAGGGUGGGUAGGGGAUGUGAGCAUCAUGCAAAGUGAAACAAGAAGACUCGAAAUGACAGUUUCAAAGAGUCAGUGUCAUUACGUAGAACACUUUGGACAGAGGAAAAAUAAACAUGGAUUUUAAAAAAUCAAUCAAUGGUGCAAAAAAAAAAAAAACUUAAGCAAAAUAGUAUUGCGGAACUCUUAGGCACAUCAGUUAAUUGAUUCCUAGCAACAUCUUCUCAACUUUAUCAAGGAUUUUCAUUUUGAUGGCUCGAAACUGACAGUAUUAAGGGUAGGAUGUUGCUUCUGAAUCACUGUUCAGUUCUGAUUGUGUUGAAGAAGGGUUAUCCUUCAUUAGGCAAAGUACGAAAUUGCCUAUAAUACUUGCAACUAAGGACAAAUUAGCAUGCAAGCUUGGUCAAACUUUUCCAGCAACAUGGAAUCAAAGACAAAAGAAACUUAUCAAUCGAUGUUUUACGUGCAAACAACCUGAAUCUUUUUUUUAUAUAAAUAUAUAUUUUUCAAAUAGAUUUUUGAUUCAGCUCAUUAUGGAAAACAUCCCAAACUUUAAAAUGCAAAAUUAUUGGUUGGUGUGAAGAAAGCCAGACAACUUCUGUUUCUUCUCUUGGUGAAAUAAUAAAAUGCAAAAGAAUCAUUGUUAACCACAGCUGUGGCUCGUUUGAGGGAAUGGGGUGGACUUGGGGUUUAUUUCAGUAACCCAGCUGCAAUACCUGUCUGUAAUACUAGAAAAAAAAAAAGAAUCUAUUUAAUCAUUUCUACUUGCAGUACUGCUAUGUGCUAAGCUUAACUGGAAGCCUUGGAAUGAGCAUAAGUUGUAUGUCCUACAUUUCAUCCUUGUUCUGGGCCUGCAUUGCACUGGAAAAAAAUCACCACCUGUUCUUAUACCAGUAUUUGGUUCAAGACAACAAAUGUGUUCAGCCUGUGGCUGAAGAAUGAUGCAAGAGAGUCAGGAUAAAAAAUGCAUACUGAGGGCGGCAGAGUGAGGGAGAUAGGGAUAUUCAGGGGAGGAGGGUGUUGCCGUGGUCCACUCUCUGUCUAAUCUCUUUACAGCAAAUUGUAAGGUUUUAAGUUUUACUUCUUUUUACUGUUUUUGCUAUCUACCUUACAUUUUUUUCCUGAAGUUUCAAAAAGGUCUAAUUUUUUUCUCCUAUACUGGGGCUACAUUUUUUAAUUAUAAAAAUACUUGAUGGCCUUUUGAUGAAUGUCUUCCACAGUGAAUAAGAAAACUUAGUGGCUUAAUUUAGGAAACGUGUUAACAGGACACUAUGUUUUUGAAAUUGUAACAAAAUCUACAUAAGUGAUUUACAGGUACAAAGAAUGAAAAUAAAGGUAACUUUACCUUUCUUAAAUACUUUCCUGCCUUAAAGAGCAUUUCCAUGACUUUAGCUGGUGAAAGGGUUUAAUAUCUGCAGAGCUUUAUAAAAAUACAUUUCAGUGCAUACUGGUAUAAUAGAUGAUCAUGCAGUUGCAGUUGAGUCUAAUCACCUAUUUUUGUCUUUUGUAAUGUCUUCAGUCUGAGUGUGCAAAGUCAGUUUGUAAUAUUUUGCAACCCUAGGAUUUUUUUAAAAUAGAUGCUGCUUGCUGUGUUCUCCAAACCUUUUUGAGCCAUAGGAUUCAAGCCAUAAAAUUCUUUAUGCAUGUCGAAUUUAGUCAGAAAAGAGCAAGCCUUUGCUUAUUUAAAUUGCAAUUUAAGUGAGAUGGGAUGAAAUCCUAUGACAGUAAGCAAAAACAGAACCAUGAAAAAUGAUUGGAAAUAUACCUUUUCAAUUGUGGCAAUAAAUCAAAGAAUCAAUAAAAGUUCUUGGACAGAAAUCCUUUUUUUCAGUCACUCCCCCCAGACCCCCUCCUCCCUUAUUGCAGCAGCCUACUAAGAACUUUAUAACUGUAGCUGGUAAAUUAGAAGCUACAAUAAUGAUUAAGGGCAGAAAUUGUACUUAAAGUGCAGAUCUUUGUUCUCUUGACAAUUUGUGAUGUUGCAAAAAAUAGAACCCAAAAAACUAUGAUGAUAUGUACAUGCAUUAUUUCAGACUGUAAGUGGCUUGUGCUACUGAUACUUGUUUUCAAAUAUGUUUACUCAUUGUAGUGUUGACUGCCUGACCAAAUUCCAGUAAAACACUUACACCAAAAUAUUCCUCCUUAGUUCUAAUUGCUAGUAACGUGUGCACUGUGAUUGGCUGGCUAUAACCACCCCAUAGUUAACUGUUUUCAUAAUUGGUAUUGCCAACAAUAGUGGCAAACCCUGCAACUUUUCUGCAUAAAAAGCAUUAAUUGCACACCUACCAUCCACACAAAUAUAUAGUUUUUCUUAUUUCACAUUAAGUGAAAUUAAUUUCCCAUGCUGUGGUAAGUUUAUUGAGAAAUUGUUUUAUAAAUGGAUAUCCCUACUGUGACUGUGAAAACAUGUCAAGUGUCACAUUAGUGUCACAGACAGAAAGCACACACCUAUGCAAUAUGGCUUACCCUAUAUUUAUUUGUAAAAAUCCAAGCAUAGUUUAAAAUAUAUGAUGUCAAUAUUACUAGUCUUAAGUUUCUAAGAGGGUUCUUUAUGAUUAUACAAGGUAAGUGUAUAAAAGAGAUUAAGUGCUUUUCUUUCAUCACUUGAUUAUUUUCUUUAAAAUCAGCUAUUAUAU